CUUCCUCUCCUUGACAGAUGCUCAUAGUAUUAUGCUUAGUAUUGUCCUGGAGACUUGACUUGGUUUAUCAAUUUUUCUCUCAUUUCCUCCUCUUAUUAUUGUCUCGUGAUGAUCUCCUCUUGCCCCAUCGUCUCCCGAGUGAGAUUGGCAUGCGAGUUUUGAAACCUCUACCUGGAUCAUUCUGAUCUUCAUUUACAAUCGUAAUUAGAUGUAUAUGUAGAUAUCAUUAGGAGUUCACAUUGCGUUUUCCAAAUGCGAUUGAUGGAUGAAAGUGAUCGGCUUCUGCUUCGCUCGCCAGCAAUUGUUUCUUAAUGGCGGCUCAACCCUGCAGAACUUGCUCGGGCUGCUUUGUCUGUCUAGACUAUUUGUCUACCAGGCUGCUGCUACUCAGAAAUCCACCUGCAAAUUCGGGUACCUGACGUUGCCAUUAUCAAGCAUCAGCAUCAAUCCCGACAAUACAGCUACAGUUACAGGUACGUAGCAAGUGAACUCUCCUUGAUGUGUCUAUCAGCUUAUUCCAUACCUCUGUCUGUACACCCCUGCUAUUGUUUUGUUUUGUUUUGUUUUGUUUGUUUUUCGCUUUUCUUGAUCCUUCUGUUCCAUUUGCCGCCGAGGGCCCUGGAUCCCUAUGGUAUGGGUACUGGGAUCGCGCAUCACGUUUCUUCAUUUGAUCUUGUCAUGCUCUACCGCCUGCUCUCUUGCCAUCGAGAUUUGGCGCCGUUCCCCCUUUCUUCACCCUUGGGUCGGCAGCCAAUCUGAAGCCAAGGUGCAUGCACUUCCUAGCCCAAACGGUGGUUCCUGCCCGGCGUCUUGUUUAGCUCAUCCGGCCGAUUGGUCCUUGCUUCGUGGCGGUUUGGCGGCAUUUGCGCUGUCUGGGCUUGACGCUGGAACUUC